GGGGACGCUCAGCUCCGUCCAUUCUCUAUGUCUAUGAUGUUUAUGUUUACAUUUUAGUCAAAAUAUAGUUGUUACAACUUCCUAGCAUCGAAUUAUUGAAGUGUCAAAUACUUUAAACUGAAAAAAUUCGAUUAAUUUCGAUUGCAACUAGAAAAAAAAGAAUUCGAAGACUAUCGAAAGAAAACAUGUCAGCAGAAAUGUGUAUAUGUCCUUAUAAUAAAUCACAUGUGGUUACUAGAUUAAGGUUACCGUAUCAUAUAAUUAAAUGUAAGGCUCGAUAUCCGGAUAUACAACUUAUCCAUUGUCCGUACAAUGCUACACACAUGGUUAAAAAAGAAUCGAUGGUGGAUCAUUUAAAAGAAUGUCCUGAUAAAGUGUUAAUUGAACCAUGGAAAUAUAAUUUAAAUGGUACCCAACAACAUGGUGAUUUGAUUCCAACUACAUUUAAUGAUGAAGAAAGUGUUCAAAACAAUUACGAUGAUGAUGAUGGGUGGAAUUGAAAACACGAAAUAAAAUUAAAACCUUUUUAUAUAAAUAAUUAAGAAGUUUACUAGACAAACCGAUUCAAUCUUCAAGUGAAAUGAAAAAUGUAAAUUUGCUUCAGAAAUCGAAUAAUUAUUAAUUAGUCAAUGGACUAAGAAAAUUAAAUAAUGUAAAUUUAUUAUAAUAUAUAAUAUAAAUAUAAAUAAUAUAAAAGAUUUUCAGAAGUAGCAGGCUUAGACCUCCUUUAGACUGAGGACACACUAUAAAGAUUUCUGAUGAUGUGGGAUGUAUGAUAAUAGACUUAUAAGAAAUUCUUAUAAUGUGCCUCUCAGCCUUAAAAUUAGAAUACAAUCUAGUAAUCUUUGGCUUAAAUUUUGGCAAUUUUCGGAAGAAAAGUUAAUGAAUUUGGCUAGUGAACU